AUGAACUUACAAUAUAGAAGUCCUUCGAUAGAAUUACGACCAACUAGUAGUUGGUUAUUAUGUUUUAUUACAAUUGCAAUCUUAACUUCUAUUGUAAAAGGUUCACAUUCAGUCACUGUGGAAUCGACUAAUAAGACUAAUCAAAGUCUUUAUUCUGAUUUAACGGGAAUAACUCGUGAAAUCUCAUCUAUCAGAAGUAGUGAUGAUGCUGAUAAACAUUUUCAAUCAUCACUCAAUAGUUAUGAACAAGAACAAUUGUUAGAGGAAGGUUAUCGUUUGGUUAACUUUGAAGACGUUAUUUCAUCGUUUCAAACAACCAUUCCUGAUGAAGGAUCUACGGAUGGCAGUGGCACGUCUACAGAAGAAACCACAGCAGUGACAGUGACAAGUACAACACAAUCGACAAGUACUGUUCAUUUAAGUACAAGUGAUUUUCAAAGUACGGCCUCGGCAACUUCUACAAGCGAAACAACAUCUGAAGUACCUUCUCAAAACUCAACUUCAACUUCUACCACUACCGAAAAAAUAACAACUGAAACUCAAUCCUCAAUAACAGCAACAACAGAAAUGACAACAACAGCAACGACAGAUACGACAACAAUAGCAACAACAACAGCAACAAUAACAACGACAAAUACGACAGCAAUAACAACAAUAACAACAACGGCAGCGACGACAAUAGCAACAACAGUAAGGCCACAAGUCUGUAUUUGGACCAGUUGGGUACCAAUAACUAAUUGUACUCCACAGUGUGGACCAGCAUAUCGAAUAGUAGUUCGAUUAUGUGUUGACGUUACUACUGGUCAAAGUUGUUCAAAUUCUCUUUGCGGAGGUGGCAGUGCUGUACAAAAUGAAACAUGUUCUUCUUCUCCACCUUGUGAAACAAUUAGUGUUAUUCCACCAACUACUGAUAGAGAUCCUAGCAUACGAAUUAUUUCUUAUGCAUUACCUGAUACAAUGUAUUUUUUUGAACAAACAUAUCGUCGUAUUUGGAUAUCUAAUAAAGGUUACAUUACAUUCGAUACACCUUAUUAUGCCCGAACAAUGACAACUUCUGCCUUUCAACAAAUCAAUAAUCAAGCUAUUGCAGCUCCAUUCUGGGCAGACAUGAGUUAUAUUUCUAAUUAUUCCAAUAUCAUAAUUAACUGGUUCAGUUCGACGAAUGCUACUGGUAGUGAUGCAAGUAUUUACAAUGAUGUGAUUCAAUCAGUCAUCAAAUUCGCUUGUCCAAUAUCAUUUUGUUCAACGAAUUUUGCAGCAGCAAGAGUUACUCGAAUCACUUGGCAAAAUCUUUUGUAUGAAUUUUCUUCUGUUAAUAAAUCAAUAAAUGUAUCAUUCUCAGCAUAUUUGAUUAAUACAUAUGAAUAUGAUUCUUCACUCUAUAGUUAUCCAGUUCUUCGAUCUUAUAUUGUAUUCGAUUAUACCAAUCUUCCGAGUGAUCUUGGCUAUUUUAGACCUUUUGUUGGAUAUCGUGGAAAAAAUUUUCUAGUGCAAAUUUUAAAUGAUCAGUCUUAUUAUCAAAAUGCUUUGUUUCUAACACAACGUAGUAAGACAUACUUUUAUGUUGGUGGUCGUUUCUUAAGUCAAUGUGAAGUGAGCUUUUUACAAGAAACAAGAAUAAAUAUAUUGUAUCCUUGGGAGAAUCUAAAUGAUAUAAGAAUAAAUCCUCGAUUUCCAUGUCCAUGUACACUUCGACAAGCACAAAUCGAUACUCGUUUUGGUCGUUUGUUCAGCGAAACUCAAUAUGAAUUAUCUCAAAAUAUUGUUUGUUAUGCACCCAGGACUACUAGUUGGAUAAAUAUAGAUGAUUUUAGUGAUCAAUGUUGUUCCCCUUCGUAUAUAACUGGACGUCCAGAUUGGGGAACAUGUCAUUUCUAUUUUCAACUUCAUCCACCCAGUAGUUGUACAGGAUAUCGACCUCCAGCUAUAGUCACUGGUGUUGGUGAUCCUCAUGUUAAUACGAUUGAUAAUGGUCGAUAUACAUGUCACAUACAGGGUCUUUUUGUUUUUGCUCAAACGACGCCUGAAGCUAGUGCAACUGCACAAAGUAAUUUAAAUAACAAUGCAUCGAAUAUUGAUCUUAUAUAUCCUGAUGAUUUAUUUGAAAUUCGUGUUCGUUCUGUAUUCGUACCACCAGCGUUGUCUUAUAUUGAACGAACACAUGGUUACGGUUCAAUUUUUUCAAGUUACACUAUAAUUGCUGUCAGCUUUACUUUUGUCAUUAGUAAUAACAAUGGCAAAUUUAACUUUUCCGUUAACAACGAUGCAACACUUACAAAUGAUUUGUCAAAUAACUUUAAUUAUGAUUAUAUAAAUACAAUGAAUUAUACAGAACGAUAUAUUUAUCGCGUACAACAAACAACUAGAUCUAUAUUAAAUGCUACAAUACCUCAGCUGACCAUUUCUCUAUGGUCUGGACUUUCUAUGCAGUUUGAAAUUAUUGGCGAAAAUCUCGAAUGUAAACUAAUAUUACCAGAGAAAUUUCGAACACAUAUUGAAGGUCUAGUUGGAAAUUUCAAUGGAAAACCCAAUGAUGAUCUAUUCAAUCGACAAACAAAUCAGAUAAUACCAAUAACAGAUUUAGUGAAUAUAACAGUAUCACGGCAUGAUGAAGAUGUUCUUAAUGCUUGUUUGUCUUGGAAGGUACCGAAUGACACAACAUUCGACAAUAGAAUACCUAUUAUGCCAAGAAGUUUAGUAGAAUGGUAUUAUAAGAAUGCAUCAAACUUACUUACAAGUUUGAAUCCAAGUUUGAAUCAAAUCGUUGUCAAUCGGACAUGUCAUGACAAUUUUGAAUGUAUUCAUGAUUAUCUCAUUCGAAUUAAUUCUUUUACUAGUGAAGUAACAGCUUUAGGUUUAGAAUUAAUUCAAGAAUCGAGAAUUGCUUUAGGUGAAAUACCUCCAACUAUCAAUUUGACUUUACCCGUUAAAAUUAUCUCACCAAUUGAUAAUACAAAUCGUAAUUAUUCAUUUGAAAUUAAUAUUAUACCUGAUAAUGGAACAACUAUAAAAAGUGCCUAUGUCACAAUUUAUCCAUCUAAUAGAACACAAAAUAUCGCUAAUAAUGGUUUGUCUUCUAUCACAGUGCUAAUGCCCAACAAUGUAAAUGAUUCUGUUGAAGUUUUAUUGACAAUUCAAUAUGGAUCAAAUUCUACAUCUCAAACAUAUUUGGAUAUUCUCGCUUGUUUAUGUACCAACAAUGGUACAUGUAAUUUUGAGGAAACAACUACAAUAUCUGAUCAUUAUCAACUUGCUUCAUGUGACUGUCCAGCACAAUAUGAUGGUAUUUUAUGUCAGUUGGAUUAUGAUGGCUGUACAUCUGGUAGUGCUUGUAAAGUCAAUUGGGAUAAUAAAACAACAUGUGUGAGAUUGAAUGCCACUCAACAACAAGAGCAAAAUCGUUCCUAUUAUUGUGACGGGACAUGUGUAAAAGGAUAUAUUCCAGUCGAUAAUUUUACAUGUGAAGAUGAAAAUGAAUGCAGUUUAAAUUUAAAUUCAUCUUUAUGUGGAAAUGGCGUAUGUAAUAAUCUUAUUGGAUCAUAUACCUGUGACUGUUUUUCUGGUUAUCGAUUCUAUAAUGAAACAUGUGUUGAUAUUAAUGAAUGUACUGAACCGAAUAUCAAUGGUACUUUUAUUCGUCGCUGUAUUGAUGCAUGUCGUGAUCAAAAUUAUGGUUAUGGUUGUAAGCAGUCAUGUGAAUGUGUUCAUGGUAAAUGUAAUCGAAAUGCAACACAUGUAAAUGAAAGCUGUAUUUGCGAUCCCAUAUAUCAACCACCUCUUUGUAUUCAACUUAUUGAUCAAUGUGCAAUCAAUAGUCCAUGUAAUAAUAUAACAGAAGAUUGUUCAACAGAUCCAAAUAGUGGUACAGCGAUUUGUACAUGUAAACUUGGUUAUGAAAAAGACAACACAACUAUGUCUUGUACAGAUAUCGAUGAAUGUGCAAAGAAUGCAAGUACUUGUAAUCCAGAAAGUUCAAUUUGUUACAAUACUUUUGGAAAUUACACUUGUAAUUGUAAAGAUGGCUAUGAGUCUAUUGUUGGUUCAUGUAUCGAUAUCAAUGAAUGCCUAAAUUCUAUAAGUUGUGCCAAUUAUACUAACACAUAUUGUGUUAAUAUUGGAGGCCUAUAUGAAUGUCGAUGCACCGAUGGGUAUUCAGUAGGAGGUGAUAGAACCCAAACAUAUAAAAAUAUCUUAAACACACCUGACUCUUGUCUACUAACGGACUAUUCAUCUGAUUGUGAAAAUCAAUGCAUAUAUCCUGCUGAAUGUCGUGCAGCUACUGGUCGAUGUGCAUGUCCAAACACAAUAUUUAAUUUUAUUCUUUUCUCAAGUGCAAUCAAUCAAACAUGUCAAUGUCCUGGUCACCCAUUUGUCCAUUUUACUGGUGAAAAGUGUAUUGCAGCAAAUGCUAACAAUCCGACGUGGUUCAUAAUUGAAAUUGCCAACCGAAUAAAACAAUCCAUUUUUAGCGAAUUAGAAUUGAACUCUAUAAUAUUAAGAAGUUUAAGUCAAAUAAAUAGUGCCUAUAAUACAGCGGAUGUACAAAUAAAGAAUACUAGUGAUUCAAAAGAUGUUAAAUUUGAACGUUAUGUUGGUUUAAAUAUAUCAUUGAAUGCUACUCAACGUUUGCAGCUUGUCAAUGAAAUUUAUAAAAAUAUACCUUUAAAUACUAGUUAUACUUUGACAAUACAAAUAAUUAUAAAUCAAAAAAGUGGAAAGAUAGAAAAAAUCACCGAAGUACAACCUUCUUGCAUGGAGUGUCAAUUUAUGGAACGUGGCGUUUGCAGUAUGACCUCAAAUGAUACCUGUCGAUGUUUUUCUGAUUUCGAAGGUUAUUUAUGUCGGCUUUCGAAGGCACCACCAUCAAGAACUUGGAUAAUUAUUGUUGCUGUUAUAAGUGCUGUAGCUGGUCUUCUUCUAUUGAUUUCUCUCUCCAUGUGUAUUUUUUAUAUUAUUGGAAAACGUUCUCGUUCAAAAAAUAAAGAAACAAAACAAUCAACAGGUAGUAAAAAGCUUACUAUUCCUCGAGCUCGUCCUCCAACUAUGGGUACUACCAGUAAAAAUACAGUUGGUCUUACUGAUUCAAGUCGUGCUAAAAGUGAUGAACAAACUAAUGAUACAUCUGAUACAAAUUCAUCUGAUUCAACAACAACUCACAAUCCAAUUUAUCAUAGAAAUGAAAAUUCUCAACAUACAUCAUUACCAAGUGGUCCUAUACCACAAACCCAAAUGCGUGGAAUGGUUGAUACAUUAAAUAGUUUGCCUCGUGAUCUUAAAGAUGAUUCAUCUGGAACAGCUAAUUUAUUUCCGGAUUCACAUGAUAUUAAUGAAAUUGAAUUUACUACUGAUUUGUUAGAUGAUAUGAUAAAAGAUGAUGAUAAUAUAGAAGAUGAUUUUAUAGAAGCCAUUAAUCCAAAUAUAGUAAUACCAAAAUGA